AUGCGCAUUACUCUGUACCUGACAGCCUCCAUGGCUGGUCUCUCCUUGGCCGCCCCAGCAGCUGUCAAGCCCCAGACUGACCUCGACCCGCUCGGCUUAGGCCCUGCUGUGGAAGAUGUUACCAACCAGGUCACUGGCCUUGUGGGAUCAAUCAUCAAGCGAGAUCUGCCUUUGAACGGAAUUCCUCUCAUCAACAUUCCUCGUCCUGCUCACGAGAAGCGCGAUGAGCAGAACUAG